UCAGUUUCUGUAAACAUAUAACAGUUCCUAUGCAAAUAUUUGUACUCGUACCUGUACCGGAUUCGGAAGGGGUCCGACAGGUUCGGUACAAGUUCCGGAACAGGUACAAGUUUUGUAACGGUUUAUAUAUCGCUACAGUUUUUGUUCGAAAUCUGAUACACGUACCUAUACUGGGAUGGAAUCAAGACAGGUUCGAGGAUGGGUACAGUCACAGUUUCUGGAAUGUGAAAAGAUAGUGAGGUUCCGAAUCAGUGCCUGAAGUAACAAAGGUUCAAUAACAAUUCCGGAACCGGUACAAGUUUUAUUUCAGUUUCUAUAUCGUUAUAGUUCUACAAUUGGUACUCGAACCUGUACCAGGAGAGAUUCGGAAUAGGUUACAGGAACAACAUCAGGUCCUGAAUAUGUGAUAAGAACAAUAUUAGUUUCUGGGCCGCAAUAAAAUGGGUUGAAAUUUAUUAAAGAAGCUGUAUAGGAGGUAUAGCGGUAUAAUAAAAUCAAGAUCAAGUCUUAAGCAGGCAACGGGUUCAGAAACAGUUCAAAGAUUGGGUAUCAGUCCCAGAAUAGAUAUAGCUUGUAGCUCCUACUUCAAAAAAUGGGUAAGAUAAUAAAAGUAUUCAAAACUAGAACAGGGAUCCAGCACUAGAGCACGGUCGUGAUCUAUUUCAAGAAUGUCAAAGGUCAAAACGAAACAUUCCAGAUCCGGGAAUCGUUUUUCAUCACUUCCCAGAUUAUCAAAGUUUUGGUAUUUCAGCGCCAAGAUAGUUUUUCGGUUGCAGUUCCAAGAUCACAAUAGGGACAACAUCAGAUACAGGCGAAAUUGGAAAAGACCUUGGAAUAAUUCUAAUCGAGUACAAUCCCGCAUGGAGUUUAGUAACUGAAUCAGAUUUUUGGAAUUUGAAGCAUUACAUCUUUGACCCUGUUUCCAAUAAUUAAUAGGUGCCUCUAUUAAAUGAGGUAGUUUUUUUAGGACAAAUAAAUGAACAAAUAUUUGAAUAAAUAAUAGAAACAAUGACACCCUGCUUUUCAUCAUUCAUGUGUGUUUUAUUUUGUUACUUUUAUUUUAGUACACGUAAAACCUAAUAUACUAAAUAACUCACUGCCAUAACAACAGCUAAAGAUCUCUAUUUUUAGUUGCGUUGCCGUGCGUCACAGAGUAUUUUUGGAGCACCUAGAGCACCCUAAGACUCGUUAUCGCAUACAGUAUUUUCGAAGUGCAAUUAUAGGAUCCCCAGCAGUUCCUGAUUGUCUUGGACUUUAUUUUUCUUUUUAAUGAAACUGAUUAUACGCGGGGGCUCGCUUUAGCUGCCAUCUGACUGCUCUGGCUACAUAAUAUUUAUUGCCAGUGAUACGGUGCAAUUUGCUGCGCCCCAAAACGAAUCAUCUUCUCCUUGGGUCGUAUAUGGAUGAGAAGAUUUUUGUUAUUAUGAAGCUACGAAGCUUCUACGUCACACAGAGUCUUCCAAUCACGUUGUACAACAGCUGUCCGCUACUAACAAUAAGAUCUGACGUAUAGUUCUGAUGCCCAUCAGUAAGCAGGCUCACUGCCAACUCCAAGUAGAAAAGGGCACCUGAUCCGCCACAUCUACAAAAAAUCGUCACCAGGUCCCGAUCUGGCGUGAUCUUACGGCAUGGCCUGCAGCGUCCAUUACGUACAGGAAACACACACACACACACACACGCAUAUAAGAGAUAAUGGGGAGAAAAAGAUCUCGCUGUUGCGCAUCGAUCCUGGCAACAGAAUGCGCAAAAGAAGACAACCGCGCACCGCGCCUUAUAAGACGCACCGCAUGCUCGCUCGUCUUCCAGUCUGCCUCAGGAUAGGUCCUCAGGAUGGACACCGUCUACACGAGCAAGCGAAUCUUUCUGAACAGUGCGAGCCUGCCGGCGGAAGUGUUCCCCGGUGGGAUCGUCGUGUCCGCCCACGACGGUAAGGUGACGCGCGUGCUCCCCUCCUGGGCCGCCGUUGAGCGAUACCUGAAGGACAAUGAAGGCGCAUAUGAGCACUUGGAUUUUGGCAAUUUGAUGCUCAUGCCGGGACUGAUCGAUACGCACGUCCACAUCAAUGAGCCGGGCCGUACCGAGUGGGAAGGCUUCCACACUGCGACCAAGGCGGCAGCAGCGGGCGGUUUUACCACGAUCUGCGACAUGCCGCUCAACUCGAUCCCACCGACGACAACCGUAGCCAAUCUGCGCGCCAAGGUGAAUGCGGCGCGCGGCAAGAUCUUCGUCGAUGUGGCGUUCUGGGGCGGGCUAGUGCCGGACAAUCUGCCCGAGCUGCGCCGGCUGAUUGCGGCCGGUGUGUUCGGGUUCAAGUGCUUUCUGUGCCCGAGCGGCGUCGAGGAGUUCCCGCACGUUACGGAGGAGCAGGUGAUGGAGGCGGCACGCCUGCUCGAAGGAACCGGUGCAGUGCUAGCGUUCCACGCCGAGGUAGAGUGUCAGCGGCUGCAGAGUGACUGCCCCAGACCGCUCGACCCGCACAAGUACCGCUCGUUCCUGCAGACGCGCCCCGACACGAUGGAACAGCGGGCGAUCGAGCUGGUCGCGAAGGUGGCCCAGCGGCACGACGUUCGGGCACACAUCGUGCACCUGUCCACGGCCCGCGCCCUGCCAACGAUCAGAGCGGCCCGGGCGCUCGGCGCUCGCCUGACGGUGGAAACCUGCCACCACUAUCUGUCGCUGGCCGCCGAGGACGUGCCGGACGCUCGCACCGAGUACAAGUGCUGUCCGCCGAUACGCGGCCGCACCAACCGGGAGCAGCUGUGGCGCGCCGUGCAGGCCCGGGACAUUGAUCUGAUCGUGUCGGACCAUUCGCCCAGCACGCCCCAGCUGAAGCUGCUCACCGACGGCAAGCGGCAGGGUAACUUCCUCGAGGCGUGGGGUGGCAUUUCCUCGCUGCAGCUCGGGCUGCCCCUGUUCUGGACCGGCUGCCGGCGGUACGGGCUGUCGCUGCAGGAGACGGUCCGCCUGCUCUGCACCGAGCCGGCCCGGCUGAGCGGGCUGGACCAUCGCAAGAGCCGGCUGGACGUUGGCUACGACGGGGACAUGUGUGUCUGGGAUCCGGAGGGUACGGUCACCGUCACGGAGGACAUGCUCGAGUUCCAGCACAAGGCGACGCCGUACCUGAACCGAACGCUUCAGGGCGUCGUGCAUGCAACGAUACUGCGCGGCUCACUGAUCUAUCAACGCACGGACGUGCCAGCUUUUGGGCCACCUUUGGGCAGUAUACUGCUCGAUGGUCCUAAGGCAGUAGUUCAACGAGAGGAGUUGAGCAAGAGUUCAACAUUGGCCGCAGGAAGCAUAUCGGUUGAAGAAUUGGAAGAUGAUGAUAUAGAUUUGUAAAAAGAAUACAAAUAUAUAUGCUAGGGUAGAAUAGCUAUAAGUAAUAAGAUAAGUCAUAUGGGUAAGAGGCAAACUUGAAUACACUGUUACAGACGGCACGUACAGAUUUCGUAA